UCUCUGGGGAUAUCCAAUGUUGUUCUGCUUCUAACUCUAUUUUUCCUGAGUUAAAUGAUGUUUGCAUGAAUUGGGUUGCUUGUCUUUUUGUCUAUAUCAUUCCUAGUCUUGACCUUAAUGAUGUUUGCAUGAAUUGGGUUGCUUUUCUUCUCUCUAUUGCUGUUACGAUGAUUCGUUUUAUUUGAUUGCAACUGAAGUAAUGUUUUAAAUAUAGAUUUUUUUUUUUAUAAAAAAAAAGGGUUUAAUCUGUACUUUUCUCACUCUUUCUUUCGUCUGAUUAUCAAGUGGUAGGUUGUUAACUUGUUUUUUUUCCAAAUUUUAAAUAUAUUGUUCACUGGUGAAGAUUCCCUUCAGGUUCACGCACGCUAAUUGUUUUAGUUCGCUGAAGAAACAUUUCUAAUCUGUUCUUUUUCUUCUUCUCUAAAUACAGGUCUUUAUGGUUUUCAUCAAACUUUAAGGCCUUUUAGCGGAUCGUAUCAAUUAAGAUUGAAGCGGGUGUUUCAUCCAAGUUCCAAGUUCCAACAAUGGUUCUUGGCCUAAGAACUAAGAACAGAAAAGGCUGCUUACAUCAGCUUGUUUACACUGUAAAUGUGAAGGAGAUUAAUCCUUGGACACCAUUGCAAUCACCGCGAUCGGCUCAAUCUGUUUUGCUACAAUGGGAAACUGGUGAUAAGAGUUCUGGAUCCAUAGCUUCUACCAUUGAUAAUGGAAAGAUUGCGUUCAAUGAAUCUUUCAAACUUCCAUUAACUUUACGUAAAGAAGCAUCUCGUAAGAGCACGAAUCAUUUGAGUUUCCACAAGAACUGUUUAGAGUUUUACUUGUAUGUCUCUCGGAAAGAAAAUGUGUCAAAAGCUCAACUUUUGGGAUCUGCUAUUGUAAAUCUUGCUGAUUAUGGAAUUAUCAAGGAAGCUAUAUCCAUUAGUGCUCCUUUUAACUUGAAGAAGAGUUCUAGGAACAUAGAGCAUCCAGUUCUUUAUCUUAAUAUCCAACCUUUUGAUAAAGAUAGCUCGAGCGCUUUGUCGAAAGAAGUGUCAUUAGACAAGGAUGGCAGUGAAUGUGUUUCUGAAUUCAUAAAUGAAGGAAAUGAUGAGGAAAUCGAGAUUGCUUCUUUUACUGAUGAUGAUGUUGAUGAUCUUUCCUCACGGUCAUCCCAUAUUACUUCUUCUUCUUCUUCUGUUUUCGAUCAUUCUAGAGAGUCACAUAUUCAACAUGAUAAGAAUAAAUCAGAAUCAGCCACUGGUGGGUUUGAAAGGCUUGGACUCACGCUUCCUUCUGCUGGAACACAUGUAAACUCGGGGGUAAGUCCAAUUGUUGAAGUAUUCAAACAAGUGAAUGGCAAUACUUCUCCUUCAUCUUCAGUGGACUUGUGCUCCAACUCUAUGAAUCCUGUAACUAAUCCUAUGGCUAUAGUUGCAUCCCCGGAGCAUGGUGCUACUACCAUUCCAGUGGAGACCAACUUAGACCGUGUAAAAGAUGAAGAUUUGUCCUACAACCCCAAGAAUCUUGUAACUUAUCCCAAGGCUGAUGUAGCAUCCUCAGAGACAAGUGUUACCAUUCCGGUAAAUACGAAUUUAGAAUAUGUAAAAGGUAAAGGUUUAUCCAACAACCCCAAGAAUCCUGUAAGUUAUCCCAUGGCUAAAGUUGAAUCCGCAGAGACGAGUGUUACAACUCCAGUAGAUACGAAUUUAGACCAUGUAACAGAUAACGGUUUGCCCAAUAGCCCCAAGAAUCCUGUAACUUCUCCUAUGGCUAAAGUUACAUCCACAGAGACGAGCAUUACCAUUCCAGUAGAUAUGAACUUUGACCAUGUAGAAGAUUCCCAUGCCAAAAGAGAGGGUGAUAGGAAAGCAUUGAGGCAUGACCGAAGUCAUGUAGACAGAUCUUUAAGUCGCAUUUCACAUGUUGGUCAGCGGAAGGAAAAUGAGGAAAAGACACUGUGGGAAGAUGAGCUGGAUAGCCAGAUUUUAAAUGCCAAGGAAUACUCUCCGCGGGACAUGUUAAGUUUUAUACAGACUCAAGAUUCUACAAAAAAUAAAAUCACUUGGAGGAGUAACACUUUUGCGUCCAGCUGUGAAACAACUGAAGUCAAAGGUGGCUUCAUUGCAAACGAUGGACAGAAGCAUGUGGCACCUGUUCAAUUGCAUUUUGACAACAAUGGCCUGUCAAAGAAGAUCCAGUUUAUGGAGAAGGAAAAGGAACAUGAUAUUUCCGAGGAGAUCUCUAAUGGUAACUCAAGUGAUAUGCUUAGUGAAAGGGAAGAAACUGUGAACAACUUUUCUAACAGUAAAUUUAACUCAGGUAACAGUUAUGGGCCACUAAAGAAUACUAAGUUCAUGGAGAAGGCAAAGGAAUCUGAUAUUCCUGAAGAGAUUCAUAAUGGUUCUACAAAGGAUACAUGUAAUGAAAGCGAAGAAGAUUCAAAUAGCUUUUCCAACAGCAAAGUUGAACUGGAGUCCAAAAUUGAAAUGCUUGAACAAGAAUUGAGAGAAGCUGCUGUUGUUGAGGCUAGUCUUUAUUCUGUUAUUGCAGAGCAUGGGGGUUCUAUAAACAAGGUUCAUGCUCCAGCUAGACGACUUUCUAGAUUCUAUAUCCAUGCUUGUAGAACAAGUAACCCAGAUAAGAGGGCAAAUGCUGCUAGGGCUGCUGUUUCAGGAUUGGUUUUGGUCUCUAAAGCUUGUGGAAAUGAUGUUCCAAGGUUAACCUUCUGGUUGUCAAAUUCAAUUGUACUGAGAGCAAUUGUGAGCAAUGCUAUUGGGGGAAUUCAGCUAUAUUCUGGACCAUGCUUAAAUAGUAGUAGCGAGGGAAUGGUGUUGGAGGACAACUCCCAUCUGCAAGAGGAAUGCAAUUCAACAGAAAGUUUUGAAGAGUGGGUGGACCCUCGGACGUUUCUACUUGCAUUGGAGAAGUUUGAAACUUGGAUCUUCUCCAGAAUAAUUGAGUCAGUCUGGUGGCAGACUUUGACUCCACAUAUGCAGUCGGCUGCUGCAAAGAGCUCAAGCUCAAGGAAAACAUCAACCAAAAGAUAUGAAUUAGGUGAUGAAGAGCAGGGGAAUUUUUCAGUCAAGCUUUGGGAGAAGGCUUUUAAAGAUGCCUGCGAGAGGCUUUGUCCCAUUCGAGCAUGUGGACAUGAGUGUGGUUGCUUAUCCAUGCUGGCUAAAUUGGUCAUGGAGCAAUUGGUGGGUAGAUUGGAUGUUGCAAUGUUCAAUGCUAUUCUUCGUGAAUCAGUGGACGAAAUGCCAACAGAUCCUGUUUCUGAUCCGAUACGUGAUUCGAAGGUUCUUCCCAUUCCUGCAGGAAAAUCAAGCUUUGGGGCUGGUGUACAAUUAAAAAAUGCUAUUGGAAACUGGUCAAGAUGGCUAACUGAUCUAUUCGGUAUUGACGAUAAUGACGGUCUCGAAGAUAGCAACGAAGUUGAUGAUGACAAAAAAGCAGGAUUUGAGGCUUCCUUCAAGGCCUUUGGUCUCCUCAAUGCAUUGAGUGAUCUCAUGAUGCUUCCAUCCGAUAUGCUUGUCAAUCGGUCCCUGAGGAAGGAGGAUAUUUCUGAGGUUGGGGACAAAUCUAUUACAAACUUUCCAUGUAUGGCAGCUCCAACAGUGUAUUCACCACCUUCGGCAGCUUCCCUAAUAGGCAUUGUCGGAGAGGUCGGAAGUCAAGCCUUGCGAAGAAGUAGAUCAGUGCUUAGAAAAUCAUACACUAGUGAUGAUGAGCUUGAUGAGUUGGAUUCACCCAUCACCUCGAUCAUUAUCGAGAACCGCAGCGACUCAACCCAUUCAAAAUCACUGAAUUGGAUGAGAAUGGGAAAGGGAGAGCGAAAAGUAAUUCGAUAUCAAUUAAUCCGAGAAAUAUGGAAAGAAGGCGAAUGGUAAAAUUUCUCAAGUUUUAACCCCCUCCCACUGUUCUUCACUGAACAUGGUUUUGUAUAUAAGUUCAUGACUUAUAGGCUGGUGUAUUAAGUUGUUGGAGUUUAACAGAAAUCGGUAUUUUCCAUCAGCUAUUCUUCUAGUUAUUAAGAGAUCAUAUCCUCUAUGUUAUGUUAUUUUGCAUGCCAACAAAAUCAAGCAUGUACCGUAAAGCUAACCUUAGACUUAAUUUUAUUUGCGCGUUUAGUUAAUUUUUUCUAAUUGAAUCAUUUUAAACCA